UAUAAUCAUCUUAUCCUAAGCUCUUUUUCCAUUUCUUCUUAUUCAAGGCAAAUUAAUCAAACAUUAUGGGUGCCUAUACCUUCACUGAUGAGUCCACAGUCUCAGUUGCCCCAUCAAGGCUAUUCAAAGCUUUGGUUAUUGACUUCAACAACCUUGUAUCUAAAUUGAUACCUGAUGUUGAGAGCAUUGAGAAUGUUGAGGGAGAUGGCGGUCCUGGAACCAUCAAGAAGAUCACCUUUGUCGAAGGUGGUCCAAUGAAGUACUUGAGGCACAAGAUUGAUGUGAUUGAUGAACAGAACUUAGUAACAAAAUAUUCACUUAUCGAAGGUGAUGUUCUUGCGGACAAAGCAGAAUCAGUUGACUAUGAUGCCAAAUUAGAAGGUUCUGCAAAUGGAGGAUGUACCACAGUAACUGUGUACCACACAAAAGGUGACUAUGUUGUUACUGAGGAAGAACACAAUGUGCACAAAGGGAGAGCCAAUGACAUUGUCAAGGCCAUCGAAGCGUACCUCCUCGCCAAUCCUUCUGCCUACGCUUAAGUUAUGAAAAAAAAAAUUGUGUCAACGCGUGAGAGAUGUCAUACUUGUUGUUGUGUCUUUUAUAAUUGAAUAAGUAAAAGUUGUUGUGUCUAAGAAGUUCAAAAUUUUAGAUGAUUCUUCCAUUGGAUUGAGUUUUACUUUGUUAGUCUUUUGUUGAGUGUGAGUGUGUUUUCCAAUUGUAUGUCAUGGAAAGAACUUUCAAUAAAGAAUAUCACAAGUUUUGAAUA